UUGCCUUGUGUCGGACUUCACUACUGGUUUUGCUUUUUUGAACAACGAUCUGGUUUAAAAGAAAGUAUAAUACGGAGUAUGUCAAACGAACUUGGUAUCUCGAUAUUGCUUUAUGUAUUCGGUAAUGAAGUUACAGGACAUCACCCUUUGACAAGCUAAAAUAACCUCAUAUUGGAAAGCCCUAUGAGUCGUCCACCUCAAAUAGUGGGAAGUUAGGUUAUCUUCAAAACUACACAUUGAAUCCGUCUUUGAGCGUUCUUGUUUUGAGACUUAUGAAUACUGGAUGCAACCGGCUGAAGAUGGUGUCUCAGGGUACCUUGAAUCGGGUUGGCUGGCAGUGUAGUAGACGCUUUCAAUUAUAUAUUAAAUUGUCAUGAUUGAUGCUCUUAGUUGGUUUAUUCUUGUAUCCACGAUUGCUUGUCGGUGACUUGUAAGAUCUACUCUUUAUAAUUUGCAAUAAAAAUGGACUUCCACCCUAUUCGGAAAAAAGAGAGACACCCACGGAUGAAUCAACAAGGAAAAAAAAAACUGAAAACAACAGAAAACGAGCAGCGAGAAACACGGGUAAGUCCGUGUUACACAGCUGUUUUUAUGUUAACACGGAGAGCAAACACAGCUGUUUUUCUUAUUAAAAGACGGUCAAACUUAGGGAGCACGUUCUCGUUUCAAAAACUUAUAGAGCCGUUGGAUAGAGUAAUAGGAGUACUCCAUUUUGCAGGAAGUUGAAAAAAAAAAUCCUCCUGCUAGUCCUACUCAACGAUACUCUGAAGCUGGCAGGCAAAAUAUGUCAGCACUAGUAUACUAAAAAAGAUACUCUAGCUGGAGAUGAUACGAACACGAAUAUGUCAGCACUAUAUAGAUUUCAGCUCUGCUCUGCAGGACCGAAAAACAACAAUUCAACAAGGGAACCCCCUGGCCAUGGCUAACACCACCACCACCAACGGCGCCGCUGCAGGCAACCAUGCCGGCAACGAGUCCGGCCGCGACCAUAUCGUGGUGUUCCCCUUCAUGGCCAAAGGGCACACGCUCCCUCUGCUCCAUUUCGCCACGGCUCUCUCGUCGCACCCCAGGAUCCGGCUCCGCGUCACAGUGGUUACCACGCCAGCAAACCUCGCCUUCGCCCGCAUCCGGCUCCCGUCCUCGGUGCGCCUGGCCGUGCUCCCGUUCCCCUCGCUCCCGCCGCUGCCGCCCGGCAUCGAGUCCACGGACGCCCUUCCCAGCGCGUCCCUCUUCCCCGCGUUCCUCCGCGCGACGGCGCUCCUCGAGGAGCCCUUCGCCGCGUUCAUGGCGUCGCUCGGCCCGUCCCCGCCGCUGGCGCUCGUCUCGGACUUCUUCCUCGGGUUCACGCUCCGCGCCGCGGCCGACGCCGGCGCCCGCCGCGUCGUAUUCCACGGCAUGUCCUGCUUCUCCAUGGCCAUCUGCAAAUCCCUCAUGGCGAACCCGCCGCCACGGCCACCGGCGCCAGGCGACGGCGGCAGCUUCCACGUGGCCCGCAUGCCGGAGCGCGUGAGGAUGACGGCGGAGGAGGUCCCGGAAACGAUAGCCAGGAUGUGCAACCUCGAGGCCCCGAUGACCCGGUUCGUGAUCGACCACAUCGGCGACUCGGACACGCGCAGCUGGGGCAUGCUUGUCAACAGCUUCGCGUCGCUGGACGAGGACUACGUGGCGGCCUUGGAGUCCUUCUACCAGCCUGGCGCCCGCGCCUGGCUGGUGGGCCCGCUGUUCCUCGCCGCCGGCGUCGGCGACAUGGAGGAGCAGGACCCCGAAGGCUGCCUGUCCUGGCUCGACGGCAGGGCGGCGGGGUCGGUGGUCUACGUGUCGUUCGGCACGCAGGCCCACGUGGCCGACGAGCAGCUGGACGAGCUGGCCCGUGGGCUGGUGGGGGCCGGGCAUCCGUUCCUGUGGGCCGUCCGGUCCGACACGUGGGCGGCGCCGCCGGUGGAUCUGGGGCCUGACGGACGGAUCGUCCGCGGUUGGGUCCCGCAGAGAAGCGUGUUGGCGCACCCGGCCGUUGGAGGGUUCCUGAGCCACUGCGGGUGGAACUCGACGAUGGAGAGCCUCGCGGCCGGAAAGCCCAUUCUGGCCUGGCCCAUGUUAGCCGAGCAGAAGCUGAACGCCAAGUACAUCGCGGAAUUCAUCGGCGCCGGCGUUAAGAUGAACGCUAAUGGGGGCAUGGGAAGGGCUGAUGAGGUGGAGCGGAAGGUAAGGAGGCUGAUGGACGGCGGCAGCAAGGAAGGGCGGAGGAUGCGGGAGAGAGCCGCUUGGGCUCAGCAGGCGGCCAAUUCGGCGGUGAGCGAUGGUGGCACUUCACAAUUGGCGUUGCUGGAACUGGUCAAUGAGCUGCAAGGAACAUACUGCGAUGUCAUCGCACAGAAAAACAAAUGCUAAUGAUCGGGGGAACAAUGCAGAGUAAUUCCUCCGUUUCAACCAAGGAUAAAUCAUACUAUGUGUCUGUGAGAUGCAUGAGUGGUGCUGGUGUUAUUCUAUACCGACAGCAAUAAUACAAUCGCCCAUUAUUUAUUUC